AUGGGCGAUUACAAUGCCUCUGCGUCUGCGAGCCCGUCCACCUCCGGCUUCAACUACACUCUUCAAGGACUGCCCUACAGCGAAACCCGAGCAUCCAAACCUCCCAUCCCGGUCACGCGCUCAAUCUCCUCGUUACAUCGACUCGCAGACUUGGAACCAGACAAGCCGCAAAAUUCUCCGCUGACAGGGGACACCGCGUCCAUCUCCUCCAAUAAGAGAUACAACCCACACCCGUCGCAGCAAGAUGGAGACGGACCUCGUACCCAAAUUGCAGACUCAAUCUCCGCAAGAGAAAGUCAGACAAGCACCACGCUGAGCCUCAAUACAAGAACUCCCACGGUAUCCAGCUUGACCUCGGCGACCCUGAGCAUUCCUCAGAUCCGAGUGAACGAGACUGCGUUCCGAGACUCGCUUGCGGACCGCAGCAGCAACAUCAGCACAUCCGAGAGUGGGAGAUGGUUAUCACUGGGACCGUCGCGGUCGAGUUCUGCUGCAUCCUUCAAAGAGACAGGCAAAGAUACACUGGGCACGUCCCCGGGAUUCAAUGGUCUAUCCUUGGACAUCAGCCUUCCUACAACCGGAUUCGGCGAAGAACUACUGCCCACAACCAACAUAGAAUUCUCCAAGAGAGGGAGUAUGCUCAUUGAUGGGAGGAGAGUCAACCAGUCCAACCGCAAAAGCUCACCGAACCUUGCUCCGAUCAUGGACGAAGAAAAAAAGACCAACGGAGAGCCCGGGCUCCCAGGCGCCUCCAGUAGCGACCAACAAUGCGCACCCGCAGCCGUGACGAGGACUCCAAGUGCCCGCCCCUCGGGCAAGAUCCUCUCCGCCGACGAAGAACUCCUGUCUGAAAAGGUCCGCGCAUUCUACGCUGCAGGGACGGAUGGUCAACAAGACACAGAGUCCAACGUCAAUCUGGCCGUGCGAAUGGGAGCUCGAUGGCAGUCGACUUUGGGGGCCGAUGCAGGCAGUGUCAGCAAUCCAUCCCUUUCGCGCGCCACUUCCACCACAGAUAUCCACGAAGAAGCCAACAACUCGAGGCAGCCAAGUAUGGCAACAUCUGCCUCGCAUUCUUAUAUGGUUCCAGAGCGCGAGGAGAACGAGCUUGCCGGCGGCUUAGAGGACUGGAAGGACAUCAAUAAUGCAGAUGUGGACCGCUACGGCUUUAUCAUCGCCAAGGCCCCUUCCACUACUGUUGAUGGUACCGACGAAUCCAAGGCGCAACGUCUUACCCGGGUAUCAACAAGCUUACAGCUGGCGAGCGAGACGCCCCGAAGGAAAAACACUCUGCGCCGCACUCCCAGCAGUGCACACGGAUCUCUGCGGUCGUUGCAGAGCAAACAUACCACCCCCGAGAACACUCCACCUCGUCCUGUGAGUUCUCAAAGUGCCUAUGCGCGCCCACAACGUCGAAGCGCCUCUACCAGAAUUCCGAUACCAGGCUCGAAAAACCGUCGCCUGAUGGACUCGGCAAUGGAUAUGCUCACGCUGCCAAACUCCGCACAAUCAGUGGUAGAGAACGGACACGUGCACAUUGAUAACGCGCGGGCGCGGCGGAAAGAGCUCGAGCGUGAGGCGAAAUGGCGGCGAAUGGCAAAGGCAAAAACUCCUUCAAAGGACCCCGAGACCGGUAAACCACUGGUGGGCGCCGGCUCGGAAAGCGAAUAUACUUUUGACACCACAAAUCCAAAACUCGUCGAGCGGACGUGGAAAGGCAUCCCUGACAAGUGGCGCGCAACAGCGUGGCACAGUUUUCUCAGUGCAUCAGCCUCGAAGCGGAAAAAUUACCUCAGUGACGCCGACUUGACCUCGCUAUUUCAUUCUUACCAGGAUCAAGCAAGCCCGGAUGAUGUGCAAAUCGACCUGGACGUGCCGCGGACGAUAUCUUCACACAUCAUGUUUAGGAGAAGAUAUAGAGGCGGCCAAAGGCUAUUGUUCCGCGUUCUGCACGCCAUGUCGCUGCACAUCCCUUCAACGGGAUACGUUCAGGGCAUGGCAGCCCUUGCGGUGACCUUGUUGGCAUAUUACGAUGAAGAAAAGGCCUUUGUAAUGCUCGUGCGCAUGUGGGAAUUGCGCGGCUUGGGCGAAUUGUACAAAUCCGGCUUUGGCGGGUUGAUGGCUGCCUUGGAUGAUUUUGAAAAGGGAUGGUUGGAUCAGGGUGAAGUGGCGAGGAAAUUAGAGUCGCUGAACAUCGGGCCCACGGCGUACGGGACAAGGUGGUAUUUGACAUUGUUCAACUAUGCCAUCCCAUUCCCGGCGCAGUUGAGGGUGUGGGAUGUCUUCAUGUUGCUGGGUGACGAUACCACGGCCACAGCCACAGACUCCUCCUUGACAACUGCUCCAAACCCCGGUACAUCGUCAUCGAAAGACAACCCUGAGGGGGUUUCAUUCGGGACGACCUUGGACGUCCUCCACGCCGCCUCUGCAGCGCUCAUCGACGGCAUGCGCGACAUUUUGCUUGAAUCAGAUUUUGAAAACGCAAUGAAAGUCAUGACCAGCUGGAUCCCCAUUCAGGAUGAGGAUCUCUUCAUGCGCAUCGCGCGGGCAGAGUGGAAGAUCCACAGUGCAAAGAUCAAGGCGCGGUGA